AUGGCACGAACAGCAAGGCGUCAGUACUCCCAAGACCUUCGAGACCGCGUCAUCCACAAAUGGAAGAAGGAGAAGCUGGGCUACAAGAAGAUCAGCAAGCACCUGUGCAUUCCUCGCCCAAGCGUGCGCUCUAUCGUCAAGUUCUACAAAAAGCACGGACACAGUACCAUCCCGCAGCGUACAGGACGGCCUCGGCGAACCAAUGACCGCCGUAUAGUUCGGGAAGUAGAGCGCAACCGCUUUGUUAGUGCUGCGGUUGUCGCCGCUCAAGUGGCCAAGGACAUCGGUCAGCCAGUGUCAAGCACGCUCGUCCGCGAGCGGGUUCGAGAUACAGGGCUCCAUGGGAGAUCGGCUCGUAAGAAGCAAUACCUAAGUCGUAGGCACCGCCGGCUUCGCGCCGCUUACGCGAAGCGG